AUGGAAGCGGGGACGUGGCAGGUUCUGGGAAUCGGGUGUGGGCUCUCUCUCAGCGCUGAGUGUGUGUCCGACCCUGGCUGCUCUCCGCUGCCCGGACCCAGUCCAACUCUGCCUUCAGAAUACCUGCUCAGAGGCACCGGCAGUGACAAGCGGAAGAGGAGGGUAAGGCUCUUCCAAUUCCUCUUUGAGAUGUUAGAGGACCCACAGAUGAGCAACUGCAUCUGGUGGCUGCAACCCUUGGGAGGACUCUUCCAGUUCUCGUCCCAGAACAAGGAGAAGUUGGCGGAGAUCUGGGGCAGGAGGAAGGGCAACAGGAAGACCAUGACCUACCAGAAGAUGGCCCGGGCUUUGAGGAACUACUCCCGGACUGGUGAGAUCACCAAAGUGAAGAUGAAGCUGACCUACCAGUUCAACCAGCAGAUCAUCAGCCGACUUCGUAGAGGCAGCAGGAAGCCUCUCAGCUGCCCCUUCAUCCACUGA